AUGCAGUACUCUCCAGUCUCCACUAAAAUCCUGAGUUGCCUUUACACAAGUGAUGUUCCCUUGUCCAAUCGUCAAAGUUUUGAGAAUGAGAUUCGUGUGUUGACGGAUGUUAGGCACCGGAAUAUUAUAAAGCUACACGGGUUUUGUUCCAAGAGAGGAUGCUUGUACUUGGUUUAUGAAUAUGUAAAAAGAGGUAGUUUGAGGAAAGUUCUGUAUGGGUUGGAAGGGAAAGUAGAGCUGGACUGGGCUGCGAGAGUGAAAAUUGUGCAAGGAGUGGCGCAUGCAAUUGCUUACUUGCACCAUGACUGCUCACCACCUAUUGUGCACCGGGACAUAUCUUUGAAUAAUAUCUUGCUUGAGGCAGAUUUUGAGCCACGGCUCUCAGAUUUUGGCACUGCAAGACUGUUGAAUCCAGAUACUUCCAACUGGACCACAGUUGCUGGCUCUUAUGGCUACAUGGCUCCAGAGCUUGCUCUCACAAUGCGGGUUACAGAUAAAAGUGAUGUUUAUAGCUUUGGAGUGGUGACAUUAGAAGUUAUGAUGGGAAGGCACCCGGGUGAACUCCUAACUUCUCUAUCUUCAUCAAGAACGUCUUUGUCAGAAAAUCCAGAAUUGUUUCUGAAGGAUGUUUUAGACCAACGGCUCCCACCUCCCACAGGCCAAUUAGCAGAAGAAGUAGUCUUUGUGAUUAAUGUAGCAUUAGCAUGCACGCGUACCACUCCUGAGGAACGACCUUCUAUGCGUUUUGUUGCUCAAGAAUUAUCAGCAAAGACACACCGCGUUUGUGAGAGAAAGUUAGUAAGAAGGGUUUGUAACUGA